AUGUCGAAUGAAAACGUAUCUCCUAAUAGUAGCAACAUCGAUUUAUGUAAAUUGACUAACGAUGAAGGCGAAAUCAUUGAUACAAGCAAAUUCUCGCCCAACGAAAUGAAACUUUUCAAAAUGUAUGGGAAGUUACCGUCAAAAAAAGACAUUUUCAAGCAUACCAUGCAAAAGAGGAAAUAUUUUGAUAGUGGUGAUUACGCUUUGCAAAAAGCCGGUAUACAAAACAAUGACCCAGUGAAUUACGGGAAAAACAAUUUACCAUUGACUAAUCCUAGUAAACUACGAGAAGAUAUUAUAAAAAGAAGGAUAAGCACUUGCCCAUCGACUGCUUCUACUGCUGGGGUAGUAGACAAUGCCACUUUGAUACAGAAGGAGGGAAGUAUAUCUAGUGGGCCACCAUCAUCUAAUAACGGUGGUAUUGGAGGUAGUAGUACGAGUUCAACUCCAACUGGCAAUCAUAGUUCCUCAUCUUCUAGUUUACAUGCUGGAUCACCCAUUAGAUGA